UGUAGGUAUAUAGUUCUUAGACUUUACCCUACACUCGUCGAGGAUUUCCGAUCUAACAUUGUCCGGACUCGCAAGCGAUACCUGGAUUAGUACCGUCAUCAUGUCCACCAGUCCUAACCUUAGUGUCCUAAUAUGCGGCUCUGGCAUCGCCGGACCUACUCUCGCAUUCUGGCUUCACAGGUUUCUCCCUUCAAGUAGAAUUACCAUUCUUGAGCGAAGCCCAGUACCUCGACAUGGAGGACAAGCGGUAGAUCUUCGUUCUGCCUCCGUGCCAAUUGUGCAACGCAUGGGUAUUAUGGAUGCCAUAAGGGCCAAGACGACAACCGAACAGGGUGUGGAAUUCGUGUAUGCCGACGGAAUCAGGAAAGCAAGUUUUGGGGCGUCUGGAAAUGUCGAACAGCAGAGCAUGACCUCGGAAUUUGAGAUCUUGAGAGGUGACCUUGCAGAGAUACUAAUGGUCGUUACGCAAGACAUACCUGAAAUCGAGUAUGUGUUCGAUGAAAUGAUGAUAUCCGCCUCAGAGGAACCGAGUGGUAAAAUCACAGUCAAAUUCCAGAACAGACUGCCAACAGCACAAUAUGACCUCGUUGUCGGCGCGGAUGGAAUGAUGUCUCGCACUCGCCGCUCGGUUUUUGGACACGGCCCAGAUGACAACGACUACCUGCGUCGCCUAGGACAAUACGCCGCGCUCUGCACUAUACCGCGCACCGCAGAUGACACCGACUUUGCACAGUGGUAUAAUGCAGCCGAGGGCCGCUUGAUACUUCUUCGCCCUGAUCAAUAUGGUACUACGCGUGCAUAUAUCGCUGUUACCGAUGCGAACCUUUCGCGCUUCGACGAGAUUGACAAAUUGAUGAGGGAAGGCGGGAAGCAAGAGCAGAUGAAAUGGUUUGAGGAACAGUUCCGGGGCGCCGGAUGGCAGACUGAUCGCGUUCUUGAGGGCAUGAGAAAGUCAGAAGACUACUAUAUGCAGGAAAUUGCACAGGUGAAGAUGGACUCGUGGGUCAAGGGAAGAGUGGUGUUGGUUGGCGAUGCGGCUUUUGCGCCCAGCCCAAUCUCAGGAGUCGGUACGGGAUCAGCAAUUGUUGGCGCGUAUGUUUUGGCUGGCGAACUCUCUAAAUCACCGGAGGAUAUACCACGAGCUCUCAAGCAGUACGAGGAGAUUGUGAGACCAUACGUGGAUAAGGUACAGAGGCUUGUCCCUGGUGCGCCGCAAGUUGCCAACCCGCAGACAGCGUGGGGUGUCUGGGCGUUCAAUACAGCUGCUGGUGUUGCUUCUCUUCCAAUAGUAAAGAGAUUUGGCGGGCUGUUAGGGUCGUUGUUGCCUGCUUUUGGGGGUACAAAUUGGCCCUUGCCUGAUUACCAUGUAGGAUAAUGCCACAAAAGGCGGAAUGAGGGUAAAGUAAAUAGUAAAACCAAAGUAGAAUGUAGAUGUGUCGCAACAAUAUUGUUAAAAGACGC